ACGGGAUUCGCCAUCUGCAUUCUGAGUCCGAUACGCACAUGGGCUUUGCUCUAUGCAUAACUGUCAUUUUCUAUCAGACUUUGCGGACUCGGGCAGCCUUGAGGUUUGGAUGUCUCUUGUGCCCCACUCAGCCGUUCGGUGUCUGGGACACUAACGAUGACGGCCGGAGUCUUACACGACUCGGAGGUUUGGGUCUGAGAAAGCGGUCCGCAUCAUCUGGCCCCCAAUUCCGCCAUCCAGGGGGGGCUGUGGCUAGAUACCUAGGUCGGUAUGCAGCCUACAUAGUUACGUACCUAGUUGAGUUGGCAAUGCUUGAGCGAUGGCAUCCGAAUUCUUGGUUCCGCGGCGCGUGGCGUGCAUGUGCAAGGGGCGGUCCACUGGAGCAGAACGCCGACACAGGGACCAAGGGGCGCUAGUGGCGGCAACCGUGCAGCGCGAUAACAGCAGACCCGGUGGAGGACGUCCCGCCACCGCACGAGUGUUUGUUUCUCAGCUUGUGACCAGCUGAACAGGCCUGGUCUGACCAGCGUGACUGACUUCCUUGAGCACUCAGCUUGAUGUUCUCACCGUGGACGUCUAUCUCGCUCCGUCUGUGGACUCCCUCUAGAUGACCCCGCUUUGUGAGGCAAGAGGCGGACUGUGU